CCAGUAUGCAGGGGAAGCUGUGCUCUUUGCAUCUUCUGACUCCCAUUUGCCUGCCUGCACUGCUGCCUCUGUAUGAGAGGAAGCAGCAUGGGGUGGGGAAGCAGCUCUGUAGGGAUUUCCAACAUUGUUGGCUCUUUUUGACUAAAUCACCCCUUAAAGAAUGCUAAAUAGAUUAUUAUAGUUUACAUGAAUUUGUUUGGUACUUAAGUUAGGCUAUACAGCAGUGUUUCUUAAACUUUUUAAGACAGAGGAUAUAAGUGAUAGAAACAUACCACUAUUUCAUGAGAGUUCCUUCAGAUCUGUUGCGUGAAUACCAUCUGCUCCUGGUGACCUAUUACUGUUACAUGUAUCAGUUUGUUCCAAAACUACUACUUUUGACACCCCAAUAUGGGAUAGUUCCUCAGAUUUGUCACCUAAAAAGAAUGGCUCAGAUGUGGGAAUUUCUCAUCCUCUGCAGUGAUGACCAAUGGAAAAUUCUGUCUCUGGGUUGUCUUGAUUCUUGAAUGCCUCUUUAGCACUUCUUUCUUUCAGUGGCCCACCUGAUUGUUUGGCAGACUUCUUGCUUGUAGUGUAUUUAAAUCUUUUUUGCUUUUUAAAACCUUUUAGUUUUUUAGACAUGUAUUUUGGGGGGAUAUCUUAAGGAUUUUUAAAAUCUUCUGACUUGAGCUCACCUGCCAUACAUAUCCCCAAACACUGACCAAAAACCCCACCUUAAUUCAAAACUACUUCUACAGACAUUUGAGAAACCCUGCCUCACCUAUGCUCUCCCACACUUUCUUCAUAGCAGGCUUCUUCCCAUGUAACGCAUUCACUAAGGAAAGAUCAGACUACUCCUAUUAUUUAUUUGUAUUUCAUUAGCUGCCCAGAACCCCAGACAUGGAGCCUCAUUCUUCUUGGUGAUGUACAAAUACAAACCAAAAAGACAAUCUCUGCCACGUGAUGACUAGAAACGGAUGGACUGUUGAUUUGGUUAUAUAGAUUUGGAUGGGAAAGCUUUCACAAAGAAGCAGAUCUAGAUGAUUAUGCUCUAGGUUAGUGUGAAUUCCUUUUGGAAGUUUUUGUGUAACUCUCCUGUUAGAUAAGAGUCCUUUAUUUUUCAGUUUGUUUUGUGAUCAGCGUUGUCCCAGAAGUAUGCAGCAUGGAUGAAGCAUGGAUGAAGACAGGUUCAAAAUUGUGGAUUUCUAGUCCAAUAAUGUGGAGCAUUAAGGCCUCGAACUGAAACUGGAAAUGUGCUUGGAGGACAGAAGAGAUGUACCCACAGAUGUCCAGCCCAGUGAGGAGGUGGACAUUGUAAAGAACUUGGGAGAAUGCACUCUUUUCAAGUUAGCUCCAAAAUAAAGGAUAUUAUAGGAGUCCAGUCUGAAAUGCUUCAAAGACCACCAGAAGAAUUAUCUUCAAAGAUGGAGAUUCCUGAGGAGGAGAUGGAUACAUCUGAUACCCAGUGGGGUUGGUUUUACUUGGCUGAAUGUGGCAAAUGGCAUAUGUUUCAGACUGAUUCAAACACUCAGUGUUCAGUUAGCAGUGAAGACAUUGAAAGGAGCUUCAAAAUUAACCCAGAAGGCUCUGUUUCUUUUACUACUGCAAAAUUUAACUACAAGUUAGACUUUCCAGCGAUGAAACAGACUAAUCUAACCACUGGAAAACAGCGUCCAAUAAAGAGAGCUCCGUUUUCUAUCAGUGCUUUCAGUUAUAUCUGUGAAAAUGAGGCUAUUCCAAUGCCUUCACACUGGGAGAAUGUAAAUCCUGAAGAGCCAUAUCAGCUUAUUCCUUUGCAAAAACAAACAAAUGAAUAUAAUGAAGUUUCUAGUCUCUUUGGGAAAACAAUGGAUAGCAACCGAAUUAAAAGAAUUCAGAGAAUUCAAAAUCUAGACUUGUGGGAGUUUUUUUGCAGGAAAAAAGCUCAGUUAAAGAAGAGACGAGGUGUCGCUGUCAUUAAUGAACACAUGUUAUUUCAUGGCACCAGCAAUGAAUUUGUAGAAGCAAUAUGCAUUCAUAAUUUUGACUGGCGAAUAAAUGGUAUACAUGCUGCUGUGUAUGGAAAAGGGACCUAUUUUGCAAGAGAUGCAUCAUACUCCAGUCGUUUCUGCAAAGAUGAUAUGAAGCACGGAGACACUUUUCAAAUCCAUGGUGUCAGUCUACAACACCAUGUGUUCAGAACGUAUAAAGUUAUGUUUCUUGCUCGUGUUUUAACUGGAGACUAUGUCAUUGGAGAUUCCAAAUAUAUGAGACCUCCUUCAAAAGAUGGAAGCUUUGUGAACUUAUUUGACAGCUGCGUGGAUAGUACAUGGAAUCCAAAGAUCUUUGUUAUCUUUGAUACCAACCAAAUCUACCCUGAAUAUUUAAUAGAAUUCUGUUAAGUUUUGCCAGGAGACAAACUGAGCAUUAGGUUGGUUGUGAUGGAUGGUCAGUAUCUUUUUGCAAAGGAAAUAUAACUUAAAAAAUGUGUAAAUACACAGUGGUGAGAACAGGCAUGGAGAUGUGAAGGAAAAUCUGGCUUACAUCUGUAAAAUCCUUUUGGCGUAAGGUUGGUUGUCCAUUUGUUGGUCCUGUAAAUAAAACAUUGAUGCUUUUCACAUGUAGGGUUUAUAAGAAAUUUUAAUAUGGCUUAGUUAAGCCUUAACUUACGUGGACAUUUAAUGUCUUCAAAGGAUUCUUACUGCUAUACUUUUUUAAAAACUACGCGUGUAUUUAAUCUAUGUCUAGAAAUAUAUUUAUGCAUAUGAUACAGUUUGUGUACAUGUGAAUAAUCUUUUAUAAAGAUUUUAUUUAUAAUUUUACAAAAUGCAGGGGGCUUAAUGGUUAUUGGCAUGCCGCAGUAUGCAUUACGUGUAGAGCGGAGUUUAAAUCUACCAAACAAUACAUUUAGAAAAAGCAAAGAUGUGGAAUCAGUCUGAACCAUCUGCUGGGACUAAAUCUAGAUACCUGUAUCUCAUACUGCUUCAAGCAACCUGCAAUAAUGUUGCGCAACCUAUAAGUGAAGUCUGGUUGUGACAGAAUGAGAUAUCUAACAGCAGUUGCAGUCAGUAAUUAGAUGCAGAGCAUGAGCUGGUUUUGUCAGGUAAAAUCUGAUUGGGGAAAGAGAAGAGGGACCAGAAGUGGCUACAAGAAGAAAGAUCAGAGAGAUCCAAGUUCCUGAAGAAUGCGGACUGAGUACUGCUUUUGAGGUGUUAAAUGAGAAAAACUACUUACAUUGGCUCUCCCUAAUGAGACUUCCUCUCUGGAUCCCUGCUGUUGGAUACUUGCCCUGUUACACAGACCUUCGAUAUACUAAACAUUGUAUUUGCUCCCUCCAGUGCUAAACAUGCACAGCCUGGCACUAUGAUACAGCUAAUAGUGACAUGUAUUCCCUCCUUCCUGUGUUUUUUAUCUAUGCCUGUUCAUGAAGUCUGUCAGUUCUUUGUGUUCUUUUUAGUUUCUUAAAAACUUUUUCCUGACUUAUCAUCUUCAGCUGUCCAGGGAAUUGUUUCCUUUUGUGCAUGUACAGUGCCUAGCACAAUGGCCCUCCUGAGUAUGAGCUCUGGGUGUUACUACAAAAACAACAUAUGAUUGAUCUAGAACAGCAGAACUUCACUAAUCCACAGGCUUUGUAAUACACAUGUGGAGGGGCACACAUAAAUGCUGCAUCUACACUAUGAGCUACAGGUGUUAGUCCCUGCUCAUAUACAUGUACUUGAGUGAGCAGGAAUAUAAUGGUAUAGCUGUGGUAGCAAGCCUUGCAACAGUAGAGGAACAACUAAGCCAGGCCACUGUGAGAGCAAGUACACAAGAGGAGGGAAUAGCUCAUAGUUAUCCCUCCCAACUUAUCAGAGAUUUGCUGGCAAAUACUGUAUGGUGUCCUCAUAUUAAGUCCUCUUUAUUUUUACAAAAUAUUCUACAAUACAUGUAUUUGGAUAUGGUGAAACUAUAACAAGUCAAAAUUUUAAGAAGUUGUUCCCUUUUGUUUGUGCACUCACUAGUUUUAGUAGGGCCUUUUUGGCUAGAAGUAACCAACACAUUGGGUUUUAAAAGGUGUUUGGUUGCCAUACGUACAAUAUCUGCAGGAAAUCAACAUGAUUUGUGAUUACCCUGCUUUGGCUAAUUUAUACCUGUAUUAUUUGUCCACUUUUUAUAUGUGUGUGUUUGGGGCGGGAGAGGGGAAGGGAAGAGAGGAAGCCUUAAUCUCACCAGUCCAGAGUGCAAUUGAAAGAAUUUUCAGCCAGUGUUCAUUCUAUCAGUUUUUUUGUGGAGAAUCAUCUUCAUCUGCAUUGCUAACUCCUGAUAGCUGUUUCACCAGGUAGGCAGCUAGAAUGCAAUGCAUCAGGCUCUAGCAAUGCUGAUUGGUAGUUCUUAGUUGUAAAUCACAAGAAGGAAGUCCAUGACUGCAAGAAGGAAGUCUGUCAUUUGACUGAAAUAAUCAUCACCCCUGAGAGAUUCUAUUUUGUGUGUUUUCAUACAGAGUGUCCUCCAGAUCCUUACCAUGUCCAGUUCUAGCUAUCAUUUUUCAGAGGUGACAGCUAGAGAUUUAUACUGUCUCCCCUCUGGAAGGGCCUUCUGGUACCUAGAUUUUCCUUAGCAAACACUAUGGCAUUGAGGCAGUUGGUGCAGCAUGUCCCAUGUACUGGUUCUCACUGGGCUGCCUUUGGGGCUAUUUGAUGUUGAGAAAACAUUCACCCUGUCCAUUUGUCAGACUUCCUGCUCAGCUUCUGACUCUCUUGCAUUCUUCCAUUUUUUUUUAUCAAGCACAGACUGCUUUAUUGUGAGAAGGGUGCUAAUCUUGGCAGUAACUAAACAACUGGUAAAUUUUCGAGGAAUUAUCUACCUUUGAUCAUCCACUAGGAUGAAUCUCAGGAAGCACUGAGUCCCCAGUAGAAUUUUGAGAAUAAUUAGACAAAAAGAGAACAUUGGGUAUGUUUGAUGUCUAGGUUGAUACUAUUAAUUAACUUGUGAGACUGACUUUUUAAAAGCUCUGUUAUGCAAUAUGGCUACCAUACAUUUUUACAAAUGCAAAAAAAAAAGUGCAUUAAUAUAUAGCUCUUUGAAGGUCUAAAGUUGCUAUAUGCCUGUCAACAUAAUUCCUUUCUUUCUUUAAGCAGGGGCUCCAGAUUGAGUUUUGGCGCAGAAGAAAGUUUAGUGAAAGAAAUGUGACCCAAAGCAACAAGUACAGGGAAAAGACGGAGGGGAAGACUAACUGAAGAAACAAAGCUUGGAAUGGGUGAUGUGACAGUAAACUAAAGAUGGGGGGGGGGAGAGUAUAAAGGAAAAGUGUGACAAAGCCCUCCUUUUAACUUCUCCCAAACCCAUCUCUUUGCAGGCUUUCUGAAUGCUCCACUCCUACCUAAUAUGCUUUGGUGGAGACGGAGCACUGCACUGGGAGCCAGGAAGCUUAAUGUGGGUCUCACCAUAUAUAUCAGGUAAAGAGCUCAGAGUAGGUUAAAGACUCUGAUCUGACCAGGAGAGAAAUCCCCCAUGGCAGGAGCUGGAAGGCUAUAAUAGAUCCCCUUUCAAGAGAUUUAUUAGGGGCAGAGCCAAAAAAUGUGUAGCUGCCAUAAUUUAAACCUCCUGCCCCCAACCUGGGCUGUCUGGAUUACACUGGGUGCCUGUUGAGUCCUCUGCAGCUGCCAAAAUUGGGAACAUUGAAAUCCAUCAUCUCCACUCACCCUGUGCUGUGAGUUCUGUACUGAGCAACAUGCCUAUGGCAACAUUAAGUACCCAUUUUGAUCAUUCUCAGAGGGGGAGCUGUGUUAGUCUGUAGCUGCAAAAACAAUGAGGAGUCCCAUGGCACCUGAAAGAUUAACAGAUUUAUUUGGGCAUAAGCUUUCCUGGGCAAAAAACCGCUUUUGACAAAGAGGAUUUUUGCCCACAAAAAACUUAUGCUUAAAUAAAUUUGUUAUUCUGUAAGUUUUCAUGGGACUCCUCCUUAUUAAUACCCAUUUUAUCACUGUGUCAUAAUUGACAAUCCUUGCUGCUGAGAAGUAAAAACAAUUCUGUUUUAUAUUAGGGAAGUCAGAACGAUUGUGAUGACAUUCUAAAUGUUUCUGCUUUUGGAAGGGCCAGUUCUACUUACCCGUGAAUGACACUGCUUGGAGAAAGUAUUAUUAUUAAAUUAAAUAAUUAGCUUGUGGUGGUGUACAGUUUAGUGGGCAAGGUCGGUCCCUAAGCACUUAUGUCAUAAAUAUGAUUAAUAACAGACCAAUAUAAUAAACUUCCUCUGGCUGUUUGAAAAAGUUCCUACCAAACAAAAUUGUAAGAUUAUCAGUUUCCCUCUGACCCAUGAGCCCUUUAACAAAUACACUGCAUUGUAGCGAAAGUGAAAUAUUGUAUAGAAACUCUAAUUUAUAAGUCCCAUACCACUUUAGAAACAACCUCACUAAAGUCCUAUGACAUAGGCAAAUAGUAGAGUGACCCUUCCACUCUCCCUGCAAUGCCACCAUUUUUUUAAAUGGAAUACAGCGCCUAUACAAUCCAGCAGAGUAGUACUUUACAGCAGACUCACUGGAUGUAGGCAAAAAUACUGUUUUCAGUACAAAUUUCUGGGGUGGUUAGAUAGAUUAUAUAAAAAUUAAUUUUUACGAUACACCUCUUUUCUUAAGAUCUUUAAUUACAAUAUGUUGGCAAGACCUCGGGUUUAUAUCUUAUCAAAAGGACAGCACCUCUAGCAGUAUAUAGCAGUGUUUAGUCUAGUGUGUCGAGGAGAACAACAGAGGGUCUUUGGUGUUCCUCAUAAAAAAAAAAAUUGGUGUUUCUUGGUCUUAAAAAAUUUAAGAAACACUGGUAUAUAGUGUGCUAAAAUGAAGUCAGGGUUAGUACAGGCUUUAAGGGAAGAGUACCACUUAUUGAAUGACUGAUACUGCUAGAUUUUCAUAGAAUCUGUUCUAUCCAUAUAAUGAUCCAGUUUACUUGGAAAAAUCUGAAGGAGUAUAGUUGCAAGGUGAGACAUGAAUAAAAAAAUGUAGAUAAACUCAGCACCUGAUGGAAGUCUGAGUCUGAAUGGGCCCUGAGAGAAGGGGAACAGAGCAGCAUGAAAGUAACAAACUAGGUGACAUUUGAAGAGGGAAUAUUCUGCUUUUUUCCCCCCAGUAUUAUGAGGGGGUAUAAAUUAACCAUCUGAUCUACUGUGGCUUAUGUAAUUUUACUUUGAAAAACUUAAGUGGGAACAAGCUGUUUUUGAGCACCAGAAGCAUAAAUGCACUUUGAGGAAGUUUAAAACAAACAAAACUAGCAGGUUUUAAAACAAACGGAAGUUUUUCUUCACAGUGCACGGUCAACCUGUGGAACUCCUUGCCAGAGGAGGUUGUGAAGACCAGGACUU